AUGUCUGUAUAUCUCGACGAACGUCAAAUCAAUCAAAUGUCGCACAAUGAACUGCGUGAAGACUUGAUCAAACGGAAUUUAACACCAAAUGGUGAUGCCAGGAUUUUACGGCGUCGUUUGAUACAUAAUUGUAAACCACGCGAAAAACAAUUGUAUCAGUUCCUUGCGGUAAUCGAUUUUGAAGCAACGUGCGUAGCUCGACCACUUGAUCCUUACAUUCAAGAAAUCAUCGAAUUUCCAAUCGUACUGAUCGAUGUUAGUCAACAAAGCAUUAUUGAUACAUUUCAUUCGUACUGUCGACCGGUGCUUCAGCCAAUCUUGUCGGAUUACUGUAAACAAUUGACUGGAAUAACACAAGAGCAAGUUAAUCACGCACCAACGUUUACAGAGGUGUUUGCUAAUGUGGAAAAAUGGUUGAACGAAAGAAAUCUAAUACUGGAUUCAAAAGAAAUAUGUUUGUUUAUUACUGACGGGCCUGCAGAUUUCAACAAAUAUUUGCGCAAACAGUGUGAAAUUUCUCAAAUAAAGUACCCGACUUGGGCAUCUCAAUGGUUGAAUGUUAAGCAAACAUUUCGAAACUUUUAUUUCGUUACACCCGGUCGUAUAAAGAAUAUGUUAGACAGUUUGCAGCUUCAAUUUGAUGGAAAUCUUCACUCGGGUUUGGAUGAUGCGAAAAAUAUUGCAAAAAUAGUCAUUCAACUGAUUCAGGAUGGUUGUGUCUUGAUACCUAAUGAAUCCUAUACUUCGUCGAUGAUUCCAUCGGGACGAUUCGCAUCUAUUCGAAAUGAUCCUACAAGAAUAAGAUGUCUCAAUUGUUCGAGAUCUCAUUUUAAUGGUAGAUCUUGCAUUAAAGACACAAGUAGACGAAGACAACGAUCAAAAUACCAUCGAUCGUUAUCACGAGAAACGAUUCCAUCUUUACUGGAAUUUUCGUUUCCAUCUGCAAGUCGGCGUCUGACGAAACAUUAG